GAGAGCACAAGAGAAAUUGCGAAGCUGCUCGCGCUCGGCUGCACAAUUUUAUCUGCAGAUGCGCCGCUCAAUUUUAUUUCAAUGGGCUGCGGUGGGAGCCGUGCAGAUGCUAUUGAACCGCGAUAUCACGAGAGCUGGACCAGAGAGACUGAAUCGACGUGGCUGACCAAUACUGACGCUGAAAUCCCUCACGGAGUGACUUAUAAGAAUCAUGUCGUUCGUGGAGAAAGUAACCAUACUAUUAAAGAGAAUGCAAAAUUAUCAGGUAGAGGUAUGGAGGCCAAAGCUUCAAGACAAGACAGACGGAUGGUUAAUACAGGAACACAAUGUGGGAAGCAGGUUUUGACUUCCAGUCCCUGUACAAAUCAUCAAAGGACAAACUGCCAAUGUAGUCAUGAGCUUGUUUGUGCUUUACUGCCGAUAAGUGACUCAAAGCAGACAACAUCCAAGGAGGGAACUACUCAGUCAGAGGAUGUUUCAUCUGUUAGUAAUGCUGCCUCUUCCCCAGGGGAGCCAAGUGGGAAAAACUCAUCUUCGUCUGAGAUGGAGAGCACACACACUAAAACUCAGAGGAGUUAUGGGCUAAAUGAGAAAUCAUAAAGGCAGCAGAGAGAAAUUGAGCUUUAUCACAAGUCAUAACAUCUCAAUAUUACACUGUUGCUGAAAUAUUACACUUUGCCUACAGUAAAUGGUUUUGAAAAGAUACAUUUGAUCAUUAGCUUGUCAGAUAUGGAUUCUAUAGCACACUGGCCUCAGUUUAGUGGCACCCUGAUCUCCUCAUAUUCUCAUUGAUUUUACUAAGCAAUGCACACGUUCAUAUUAUUGUGCUGUCAGUUGCAAGAAAACCCUUGUUCACACUGCAGAAUAAAUAAUAGUUUUCCUCAAUUGUUUUUUCAGUGACUGUUCAAACUGCAAGUUAUAUGUGGCCAGAUCAGAUUUUUUUAUGUUUAGACUAGUCGCUUUUCCUAUAACUUCCACAUUAGUUGUCAUGGUAUAUUCACAGUGCAUGAGAUUUUAGUGAUGGAUGUUUUACCAUUGAUUAUGCUUUUCAUGAGGGCAGUAUCCAAUUAUGAAUAUUCUUUACAGACAACAGCUUAAAAAUGGUAGUGGUGGCAUAUGCAAUGUUUGUUGCUGCCCGUUUUAGUGGGGACAUUCUGUUUUUUGGCCGAUCUUACGACGUCUCAUACGGGACGCCAGUGCUCGAAUUGAAUCAAGUCUUAUGGGGGGUCUCGCAAUAUACAUUUUAUACAAAAUAUACAAUACAUUUAUUUGAUCAUAAUAUGCAUAACUAUAUACUAUUUAUUAAAAACAGACUUACAUAGAAGAACAGGCUUUUGUUUUGAUAAAGAAUUAAAAAAGAUAUAUAUUUUCAGCCCAAUGUUAUAUAACAAAGGGAGAUAAGCUACUAUUCUUCUUUUAAAUGGCUUACUCCAAGUAAUACUGGAUUUAGAGGGUGAGAAAGCAGCAGACCCAAAAGGGCAACUAUGGCAAA